UCCACCUUACACAGAACAAACUACGAAGUGCAAGAUAGAGACCGAAAAGAGCAUUUCUCUCGCUGCUCGGAGCCUCGUUCAGCGGAGACGUCUCUUUGCGUUGUCGAAUAUGUGGGUCUUAUCAUGCAACGCCUCUGUUUAUUCUUUACGGCUACGCAAGCCUUCAACAGCUUUGGUUUCAGUUCGUUCGAGCUCUCUAGUGUCCGCUCCUUUGAACCAUCAUCAUCCCUUCGUUCCAGAGGUUGCAAAAGCCGUUGAUUCCUUGUACUCAGAGUUCAAAACUGUGGAUAAUUUGGUGGCGCACAAUACAGUCCGUGUUCUUAAAGCUUACCAGAAUGCUCGGGUUGGAUCUCAUCACUUUGCAGGAUCCACUGGCUAUGGUCAUGACGAAGCUGGGGGACGUGAAGCACUUGACAAAGCUUUUGCAGAAAUUGUUGGGGCAGAGUCAGCAAUAGUUCGAUCACAGUUUUUCUCUGGUACUCAUGCCAUCUCUUGUGCUUUAUUUGCUUUUCUUAGGCCGGGGGAUGAGCUUUUAGCAGUUGCCGGUGCUCCUUAUGACACAUUAGAGGAAGUUCUUGGAAUUCGGGACUCUCAAGGUCUUGGUUCCCUCAAAGAUUUUGGAGUGAAAUACCGAGAAGUUCCACUUGCAGAAGAUGGUGGACUUGACUGGAAAGCACUUGCCUUUGCUUUGAGACCGCAAACAAAAUGUGCCCUCAUACAGAGGUCUUGUGGUUAUUCUUGGCGUCGUAGUUUGAGUGUAAAUGAGAUAGGGAGAGCAAUAAAGAUGAUUAAGAUGCAGGAUCCAAACUGCUUGGUUAUGGUGGAUAAUUGCUAUGGUGAAUUUGUAGAGAGCAUGGAACCUCCUAUGGUGGGUGCAGAUUUAAUUGCAGGCAGCUUGAUAAAAAAUCCAGGUGGAACUAUUGCACCAUGUGGUGGAUACAUUGCAGGGAGGGAAAAGUGGGUGAAAGCAGCAGCAGCUCGUCUUUCUGCCCCAGGUCUUGGGGUAGAUUGUGGGUCAACCCCUGGGGAUAUAAUGCGGGCAUUUUUUCAGGGCUUGUUCCUUUCACCCCAAAUGGUUGGGGAAGCAAUCAAGGGAAGUCUUCUUAUUGCUGAAGUUAUGGCAUCUAGAGGAUAUAAAGUACAGCCACUUCCUCGAGUUCCCCGCCACGAUACAGUCCAGGCGGUACAACUUGGAAAGCGUGAGCUUCUACUUGCUUUCUGUGAGGCUGUACAACGAAGCUGCCCAGUGGGUUCUUUUAUCAAACCAGUUGCUGGUUCAACUCCUGGAUAUGCAUCAGAGGUGGUAUUUGCGCAUGGAACCUUUAUCGAUGGGAGUACUAGUGAGCUUUCAUGCGAUGGACCAUUGAGGGAACCAUUCUCGGUGUUCUGCCAGGGUGGUACCCAUUGGACUCAGUGGGGACUAGUUCUCGGAGAGGUUUUGAAAUCUGUAUAAUCUUACGUUGAACCUGGGAGAACUACCAGGUACUGUUUUGAUCUUCAUCCCGGAAAUAAUGUGCUCCAAAAAAAUCUAUGGAAGGCUGUUUGUUGAGCUAUUUCAUGAUUUGGGAAGAGUCCAUUUUUGAAAGUUCUCAUUACUGCAAAGGGGAAUUCCAAUAGACUAUCAAUCUUCAAAUCCAGGUGGUCACAGAUUUGAGUCCGCCCCAAUAUUGGGUUCAAGGUAAUCAGAUGUACCUUUUAGAUACCAACUUUUGUGCUCAGCCAGACAUGUUGGAUUAAUAGUGUAAACUAUAAAAUAGUAAAGACCAAUUGAGCAAAAAGAAUGAAUUGAUUUUGAGAGAGGA